AUGGUAGCGGUCCGCAGGGAGACGUUCGCUGACACCCUAGCCCUGCUACGUGCGCAUGAUAUGACCCACGUGGCGCCGCACUUAGCUAGGAUGAAGAUUGUGACUCCAACACAGCUGAGAGAGGCUCCUUGGGCAACGAUCCUCGAGGUAGCAAGAAAUGGCCCCGACUUGGAAAAGUUGUGCCUCAUAACAGGCCGCCCCGCCCCCGGACCCCACUCCCUACCUCGAGCUCGACAGGAUUUCCCUAUCAUAGCCCCGAGUGCUAGGGGAUCGCUGGCGGCAGCAAAGGCUGCAGCAAGCCCGGCCCUCAGACAACAGGCCUUGAGUACUUUACACCAGCUCGAGUACGCUGCGACCACACAGAGGACGCGGUCCUCGCGGUGGAAGUCUUGGUGUACCUUGGCCGAGGCCUGGGACCUCCCACCGAUCCCGAUCACCACGAACCUCGUGGACGCCAUCGGGGCGAGCCUCCGGUUCGGUGGCUACAAAUCGGCAAAGCAGCUCUUUAGCCAAGCCGCCCAGGAGCACGUGGCUCGCUCGGGCGAGGCACUUCCGGAGGCCGUGCGCCUGAGGAUGAAACAGGUCGAACGCGCUGUGGAGCGAGGACGCGGCCCAGCAGCAGCCAAGGACUCCUUUGUCCUUGAAGACUUCGAGCGCGUCGACCUCGAACGACCUUUCCCCGAGGCCUCCGCGUGGCUAGAUUCAGUACAAGCGGCUGUCGAUGUGAUCGUGAUCUGCUGCUGGUGGAUGUUCCGGGGCAUCGAGGCGGCAGCAGCCAGAUUGCAACAUGCCUGGACCGAGCAGACAGUACACGGUCGCCUGGCCUUCAUCACCCUGCCGUGCCACAAGACGGACACGGUGGGCAUGUGCGUUACAAGAUCACACGUUUGUUCGUGUCACAGAUCGGCACGCUUGUGCCCGUAUCACGCCCUUCACCGACACCUUGUACGAGUGCGCCGUUGGACCCCGGAUCCUGAUGCAUUCUUGUUCCCAGGCCGGGAAGGAGCCAUGUCGCACACCGAGAUCAUUGACCUGUUUAGGGCUGCGAUUCGCCUGACGGGGUGUCAGAUGACCCGACCAGGUCCUCGAGCUGAUCUGUUGCAGAAGUUCAACGAGCAUGCCUGCAGGGUUUCCGGCGCUCAAUUCCUCACACGAUUCAUGCGGUUCCCCCUGGAGACUGUACAAUUGAUAGGCCGGUGGGGGAGCGACGCUGUGAAACUGUACGUCCAAGAAACCCCGCUGUGCCAUGUCAACGAGCUCUUCGAUGGUUAUCCGAUACAACGACCAGCCCAGGUACGGGAACUCGUAGAACAUUACCUGGAGACCUUACGCACGAAAUUUUGGGUCGUCAACACCACCACGAAGUGCAUUCACAUUCCAGGAGUGCCGGAGGUCGCGACCGAGAACAUUCACUGGCACACAAUCUGCGGCUGGCCUUAUGGGCUCGCCCCUCACAGAAAAGAAUACAAGCUCCCACUGGGACAGCGCUGUAAACGCUGUUUCCGGGCAGACGAACUUCGAGCCGCAGCCGACGCGGCCAGCGACGACGAGCUCCUCCCCGUGGCUGACGCUUGA